GGACAGGAGCGUCAGUGGGCCUUUGACUCCCGUCGCGAGAGGAAGUAGUGGUGUUGUUCUCCCGGCGAGAUAUUAUCAAACUCCCGGUCUCCUGGUGACGAUCCCGAAAGAAGUUUCCGAGCGUGAGAGGAUGUCUUUCUUGACGCUCCCCCCCGCCUUCCGAGAGGAAUUUCCUCGAAUGUGGGUGGCAGUUGAGCUGGUUUAGUCAGUUUUAUAGCCUCGGAAGCUUCCGAUAAAAGAAGUUUGUGUGCUUGAAUCCGACCUAAACAGAGACGAGACCGUUUUGGGGGUCAAUUCUUACAUCUGAAUGAGUGAUCGUUCGGGCGAGAGAGAUUGAUUCAUCUCGUGUGUGUUAUGAGAUGUCCCGCGUGAUUCAGUAGCGAAUAGAAACUUUUGAAUAAAUUCGUCAUUUCACCCUUCAGAUAUGCCUGGAACUUAAUGAAGAAACGAAUGAUAGAAAUUAGAACAAAUAGCCAUUAAUAUCACUCAUCUUUAUCAAAUACUACGAGUUUUUUUUUUUUUUUAUAAAAAUUGUCAUUGGUGACUUAACUCAUUCUCCGGACGAAUUCCAAGGAUUCAGUGAUGACAGUCAGAUUAUCAUAAUUCCGUUGUUUUUUUUUUUUCAUUUUUUAUUCUUGGGGUGGUGACCGUCCACAGUGACCGCAGCAAUCCCUUAGCAAUGGUGAUCUUACCGAUCAUCCGUCAAACUGUCAUUUGGUGAAAGAUGAAGAGUGUCUUUAGCUGACAAGAAUAAUGGACGUUCCAACAAUGCUCAUCUUGUUUCUCCAUUUUCUGUUACAUUCGGCGUGGUGCGCCAUCCUUGACGACCAAGUGGGUACUUACCACCAGCACCAGCACAAUUCCCUGCCGCCCUUCGUCGAUAUCCUACCCCCAGGCCCCUUCUACGACAUCGAGAGAUCCGCCAACGUGACCGCCCUCGUGGGGCGGCCAGCCAAGCUCAACUGCAGAGUCAACAAAAUCGGAAAUCGCACGGUAUCUUGGCUGCGGCACCGGGAUACCCACCUCCUGACGGUGGGGAGAUACACCUACACCUCAGACCAGAGGUUCCGGGCGGAGCAUACCCCGGGCUCAGAAGACUGGGCACUGACUGUGGGCUUCGCCCAGGUCAGAGACUCGGGCAUGUACGAGUGCCAGGUCUCGACUACCCCGCCCAUGAGGCACUACAUUUGGCUCAAAGUCGUGGAGCCCCAGACAGUUAUAUAUGGAGGACCAGACGUAUACAUCAACAGGGGUAGCAAUAUCAACCUCACCUGCGUGGUUGAUUACACACCUGAACCUCCCACCUACGUCAUCUGGAAACACAAUGAUAAGGUCAUAUCCUACGACAGCGACCGCGGAGGGGUCAACGUGGUCACGGAGAAGGGCCCCCGCACCACCACCAACCUCCUGGUGCGAAGGGCGGCUUCCAAGGACUCCGGAACCUACACCUGCAAUCCUAGCAGCGCACCUCCAGCCAAGGUCGUCGUCCAUAUACUGAAUGGGGAACACCCGGCAGCCAUGCAACACGGGGGCCACUCUCCCUACGAGGUGUCCGUGUUUCUAGUCGCCUCCGCCCUCGCCUUCGUUUUAGCUACAAACUAAGGAAGUGUUCGUGCGUUUUCUCUUCUCUCUCUUAUGUCUCCAAAGUCUCCAUCGCCGACAGGAUACGUCCACGGGGGUCUCUCUCUCUCUCUGUAGCGAGUCGAAGCCCUCCGAACGCUGCCGAAACCGUUCGUCACCAAAGUCGAAGCCUCGGCCAACGGUUCCGAACACCUUCUUCGGACGGUUGUUCGUGGGAGCGAACUGACUCGCGAAAUGCCCUCGAUGCUGCUGGACGUGUCUUGCAAGGGUAAUGGCCUCUCCCGGCCUGGACUAGCACAUAUAGCUAUGCAUCUCCCUCGUUUCAUUUUUGAGGACCUUUUAUCAUCGUUAUCAUUGUGAUAUUGCGUUCGUUAUCGCCUGUCUGACUUACGUUACAGCUGUUUACGUUCUGUGUUCUUUGAAGUUUCGUUAAAUCGAGUUUCGUAUCUUUUUUUUUACGUAAACAUUUGAGUAAUGAAUUAAGUUACAUUCCGAAUAGUGUGGUGACGUUUUCUACAAAAUCUGCUUUAAUUUUCUUUUACGGUAACUACGCUAGAUUUCCUUCGAUAUGAAUAGUUUCAAAUCAGCCAGUUUUACUUUAAUCAUUUUCACUUCUAAGGCACAUUCCUCAUCCGGUGGUACAGGGAGUUGUAUUAAGAGACUAUAAUAUAUAAAUAUAUUUAUUCACUUUGAAGUUUCUUUUUAAUUUUCUAUCAAAGAGUUCUCACAAAAUAAUUAAGACUCGUCACUGACACAUACACGUACACACACACACAAAGUAAUGUUUUUAAUCCUAAGACGUAGAAACUGUAAAUAACAGCGUUUAAUGAAUUUAAACGAAGUGUUGGUCGCGAUCAAUGAUUUCGUCUACAGGUCCCUCUCCAGUCGUAACAGUAUGUGGUCAAUGAAUGAUCUGAUAUAUCAAUGCACAACGAAACAAAAAGGCGGCAGCAGUAGUUCAUUUGGAAAAGCAUACAGGAAUUGAAUAGACGUUUGCUAUGCCAGUGCCAAUACUACUAUUACUACGGUCUGGGACUGAAAUUGACAGAAAUGAACAGAUAUUUUUACCAGACGUUCAUUGUGGUUUUUCUAGUGCAUGAUGGUAUAUGACAUAUUAGAUGGACCUUUUUUUUUGGUGGCGGUGAACUUUGUGAAUGUGGGCGUUAUAGACAACAACAAUGUUUCGUGCUAGAAACAACGUGACACCUUUUUUUUUCGAAAUAUGUGAGGUUUCCGGGUCUUUGACGUAAGUAGCUGCGAGUGACGAAAAUGAAAAUAUUUUUUUGGAAAUACGUAAAGGAAAUUGCAAAUGCAGAGGAAUUUGGGAAAUGAGAUAAAUUUGGACACGGAAUGUAGGACAUGAAAGAACAUUUGGCGAGUGACGAAAGGGAAAAUAUUUUUUUGGAAAUACGUAAAGGAAAUUAAAAAUGCAGAGGAAUAUGGGAAAUGAGAUAAAUUUGGCCAUGGAAUAUAGGACUGAAAAAAACAUUUGAGAAUUCAGGAGAAUAAAGGCCUAAUCUUUCUGAGAGAUGGACACGGAAACUAGGACACGAAAACAAAAAUUUGGUAAUUCAGGAGAAUAAUGUCGAAUAUUUUCUGAAAGACGUUCAAGGAACUUGGGAAGUUAGAAAAUUUUUCUUAAUUCUGGACAGUGAGAAAUGAAUUAUUUCUGAAAGAUGGACGAGGGAUUCAGGAAAAAAUAUUUAUGGUAAUUCAGGAAAAUAGAAGCCAAAUAAUUUCUGGAAAAUGGACGAGGAAUAAAGGAAAAACGUUGGUAAUUCAGGAAAAUAGAAGCCAGAUAUUUUCAGAAAGGUGGAUGAGGAAUUCAGGAAAAA